UUCACGUCGCGAGCAAUCUCUCGGCGACUCAGUGCCAUCGCAGGGAGAUACUGCAAUUGACAGUCGAAGGCGCAACAAUCGUCUCGGGAGAGAUCGAAACUUGUAAGAUGCCAUUGGAGAUGAUGAACCUCUCAUUUACAUCGAUUAUCAUCGACUGUACCGACAUCGGCACAGUACAGUCCGCUGGAUUCUAAUUGACUACGCGCUCUGAGACUCGCCGGAUCUGCGACUCGCGAGAGGAUCGAGAAAAUUAGGAUCCUCGCGAGAGGAGCUCGACGACACGUCUGCGCCGCUUUCCCCGCCGCGGUGCCGGUGUUGCAACGUUAUUAACGUCGUCCUCGCACGGUGGAACGCUUUGGACGGGGGACAAAAGAAUUUCUACGGACUGUACUCAGCGGCGGCGGCGGUGGCGGCGGCGGCAGUUAUAUUGACCGCGUCGCGUGUUCUUCGCGCGGUGCGAGCGAGAGACGCGUCUCUUGACGAGAAAGAAGGACUCAACGUGUCGCGUGUGAGCGUGGUGCAGAGAUACGAGAGCCGACGCGAAACGACGCGCCGGUUGUGAUCGGUCGAGAAUCGACCGAUGCUUCAACGGUGAUCGGCGAAUCGUUGCCGCUCCGGUGACGCUCGAUGCGCUCGAGCGUUGCGAUGUCGACGGCCAGAAAGCGACGACGUUCGCGAGCCAAUUGAUUCCGUCGCGUGACCAGGUCGGCGAGAACUCCACGUGGACGAUCUUCUCCGGGACGUGCUUCUCUCGUCAGGACGCCGGCGAGUGGUCGCGCGCUUCUGUUGGCUUCUCAGUUUCUAAUAAAAAAAGUCCCAGCCCGACUGAGGGGCGACGAUCGGUCGGGUCUCGCCGUCACGUGGUACGCGUUCUUUCGCGUACGUCACUCGUCGCGUGCAGUUUAAAUCUCCGAUAAAUCGCGCUCUUUGAAACUGCCAACGCCGCGGAAAUGGGCAAAACGAGAGGUGUACACGAGACUACUCCAGAACUGAGGAACCGGAUGGUUGGAAUGUAUGAAGCAGGUCUGGGUCUACGGGAAAUCGCCGCCGCUGUCAAUUGUUCGCAACGUACGGUGAAGAGAUGGCUGAACAGAUUUGAUAAGGAAGGUACUGUGGAGACACGGGAGCGUUGUGGUCGCAAAAGAGCCACUACCGCGGAACAGGAUGAGGCGAUUAUUCGUCUCGCCACUCAAACGCCUAUAACAGCGGCCAAGACAGUGCUUCCUGCACUGGGACUUACUUGUUCAGUGGAUACUGUGAGAGAGAGGCUGCACAAAGCUGGGAUUCAUAACUGGAGCCCUUCACGUAAAUACAUGCAAAGGAUUCCGCUAGGCAGUGAUGCGGAUGGUGCAGCAAUCCAGCAAGCAGUUUGGCGGCCAACUGGCACUCAAUUGGGCAAAAAGAAGACUCCGAAGGACUCUAGCAAGCCGGAGAAGAACGGUAUCACAUCUAAGAAGAAAAAUCCAUCGAAGAAAGUCAAAGCUCGAGACGUAUUUGUCGGCGACGGUGCUCCGGCCGACAAUCCAAAAUCCAAUCAGAACGCUGAGCAACAACAGCAGCGGCAACAGCAGCGACAACAGCAACGGCAACAGCAGCAGCAGCAACAACAACAGCAGCAACAACAGCAGCAGCAGGAACAGGAGCAGCAACAGCAGCAGCAACAACAGCAACAACAGCAGCAGAUCUUCGUCUUUCCUCAGCAGAAUCUUCCUCCACCUCCUCCUGCUCCUCAGGCUGAGAUGCAACCACCCACGCAACCUCCGAGCCAGACGGAGUUCGGCAACGCAUUAAGCUUGGUGCAACAACCACAGCCCAUUUAUCAGCACCCGGGAUUGAAUAUUGUACAGAACUGGCCUUUAGAUUUAGUGCAAGGCAACCAUCAUUAUUCACAGGAGCAACCAAAUCCGAUACCUCACGAUCAACCUCCGCCGCAACAGCAGCUACAGGAGUUGCACACGCAGCAAGAGCAGCAUCACGUGCAACAAGUACAACAGGUCCAACAGCACGUACAGGUUCAAGUGCCAUUACAACUGCAAAGACAGCCGCAUCAGCAAAAUGCUCCGUCACACCAUCACAAUCUCGACCAACCGCGGCUGCAACCAGUGGAACAUCAGGUGCAACAGCAGCAGCCGCAACUGCAGUCUAACAUAUCUAGUCCGGAGACGAGCUCGAACAUAGGAACGGAGAACUCGAACACUUGUAGUUCCAAUGAAAACAGUCAUUCAUCCUGCGAAGUGCAGCAGAAAAAGAAGCCGUCGAGGAAAGGCAGAGGCGGAAAGUUUGACACGGAACGAUCGAAGAAAAAGAAGAAAGGCGGCAAGGUGAAAGGAACGUUAGAGACCAGCAUAGAGAUCAGGAAUCGCAUGAUCGGAAUGUCCGCGGCCGGGCUGUCCACUUUGUCCAUCGCGUUGGCGAUUGAUAGAUCGGAACGUACUGUUAAAAGAUGGCUAGAACGUUGGCAUAAGGAAGGCAAUGUACAGACGAAGGAAAGAAAAGGUCGACGUCGAAUCACCACCAAGGAACAGGAUGAAGCCAUCGUCGCGAUGGCGACGCAGCAUCCUCUCACUGCGGCUAAAUACGUAGCGCCCGCACUAGGUUUGAAGUGCAGCGUGGAUACAAUUAGAGAGAGGCUGCACAAAGCCGGAAUACACAGCUGGAAGUUGGGAAAGAAACAAGGGGAAGGAAAUGCAGUGCACACUGUUCACCUGUGGCAGCCGAGCGGGAAUCGGCCCAACAAGCCAAAGAUCCCCGGAGAAAAGAAGAAAAAGGGCAGUAAGAAACGAAGCGGUGAUCAGGCGACAAACCCAAAACGUAUGGCACGUAAAAAGAAAACAGAUACAUCAGCGCUGAAAACGACUCCACCUCCGGCUAAUAUGUUGCCGGAACCCACGUUGUCGUUCCACAAUCCGGGAACUAUGACAAAUUACGUCUCCAGUUCGAACAUAAUACAACCGGUGCACAAUGUCAGUGCACCGCCUCCAGCACUACCCCAACCACAACCACCUCCACCACAGCCGAUGCAGCCAAUGGGUCCAAUAAUGCAACAAAGGCCGGACUGCAGACUGGUGCCAACUAUAGUUUCGCCGGUGUCUGGACCUGGUAACUCCGGAGUCGCCUAUCCUUCGUGUAUGGUCGGAAACAAUAGUCACACCGGUCAUAUGGAGCAGACGGAUCCGAUGAACUACGAGCCGUACAUCUGGAAUGUCUUCUAAACGUCAUUAGACAUUUCAUUGCCUAUAAAAUUGCCGAGAAAUUUUACAUCACGAUUUACGUGUGGUCUAACUUACACAUAUGUGAAUAGUAGAAAAUAACUGUGCAAAAAGAAACUCCGUGACUGUUAUAUUCAAGAAAAGUUGUGUUAACUUUCUAAAAUUUUAUGGUCACGACAAAAAAUGCAGCAUUUAAUUGUAAUUUGCUGUAACUGGUUAGACAAGUUAAAAUUUAAGUAAAUUGAACACAAAGAUUAUACAGCAUGUAAAUAGAAAAUCGUACAUGAAGUAGUGAAGACAUACAUCACGUUUAUUUUGCUAUGAUAUAUCGUCUCUUUAAAUAAUAUGAAGUCGUAAUUUGUAUAUUGAAAAUUGAUUUUUAUACGGCACGGUCAGACUGCGUUAAAUUAAGAGAUGUAGCAUUUAUGUUGUAAAUAUUAUUUCUAAUAGCGGAGAAGGAGAGAAAGAAAGAAAGAGAAAGAGAAUGGAAAACUGAAUAUCUUGAUAUCAAACAGAUUCAUAAUAGAAAUCGCGGGUAUCUGCUAUCAACUAUUCUUUAUUAAUAGUUGUGUAGAAUAGAAAAUCCAAAAAACUUUUUAGUAAAUUCAGUAAUAGAUCUAUUUUCAAUAUACAGGUACUAUUCGAUGACUUUUCUUGUGGGCGUAUUUGUGAAAAUAUUAUAUAAACUUCCGCGAAUAUAUGUAUAUUCUAUAUUUAAUUAUUAAAUGAAUCUGCUUUGAAACACCAUAGUACAAAUUGGCAUGUUCCAGUUAGAAAGAUGUGUAGUGAAUUGACUCCGAGCAGGUUGCCAAAGUAGUUCCAUUUACAGUAUGGAAGAAUUGCCUUUUCUACCAUACUCUCAUAUAUACACAAUUUUCUUAAAUUAAUGCAGCGUGAUGUUACUGCUAUAAGACUGUUACUGUUUUAUAUACAUCAUAUUUUCUAACAGUAGUGUCUGGGUAUAAAAAUUGUUAUCUACAUCGGAAGGAUUAUUUUCUAUUACAACAAUUAAGAAGUCUUUUCGUUUGAACGCAAAACAGUAUUCAUACAGCUCGUCCAUAUACAAUUGCCAGUGGUACAAAUACAAAAUAGCGCACUAGUUACAAGAAAAAUAUAAUAUAAAGAAAUUCCGUCGGA